UUGCAUCGUACAGAAAGUCACCUCGGCUCGUCGUGUCGGUCAAACAGAAGUUAACGUUACCGAGAAGCUAGCAGUGUCGAUAGCAUGGUCACAGUGGUGCCGAGGGAAGGUCGACAGUAGGACAGCAGCAUCACCUCAGAUCGUUUGACCUACCUGCUAUUUAUGUAUUUGACAACAUCGUGCAAGUAGACGAAGGCAAACGUUUUCUGUGGCCUUAAAGACUAACGUUAGCUAACCAUUUAGCGAGCUAGCUUCAAGUCCCGCUCAGUGUUUUUAUUUCCAUCCGAACAACAUCUACAAUCAUGGCUGCGCUGAGAGUGUCCUAUCACAGGAUUUUGGACAAGAUCGAGCAUAUGCUGCCUGCCAAACUGAGACCCAUUUACAACCACCCGGCAGGUCCAAAAACAGUUUUCUUCUGGGCCCCGAUGUUUAAAUGGGGUCUGGUAGCAGCCGGUUUGGCUGAUAUGACUCGGCCAGCCGAAAAACUCAGUACCUCCCAGUCUGCAGUGCUGACAGCCACAGGCCUGAUCUGGUCCAGAUACUCAUUGGUCAUAAUCCCGAAGAACUGGAACCUGUUUUGUGUCAACUUCUUUCUCGGCUGCGCAGGAAGCUCCCAGCUCUACAGGAUUUGGAGAUACAACCAGGAUUUGAAGGCACAGGCUAAAGAGGCUGCAGAGUCCUGAGUGCUUUUCUGUUGCCAACGCUUCCUUCAGUGGACUUAAAGGGAGACAUCAACCUGCCCCUUCCCAUCAUCUCUACAUCGUCUCCAUAACACCCAUGCCAUAACCAUAAUUCUACCACAUUAAGCCUGUUGGAAAUGUGCACUUUUUCUUGAGUUUCAAAUUUCCUCAGGGUGUAAAAAACAAGAGACAGAGCAUUUUUUAACUGUUUUAACACGCACACUUAAGAAUUGUGGUCAUCAACGCACAAGUACAAAAACUUGUAUGAUUGUACAUUCUUUAAUCUAAGUUCAUGCUUUGUCUUGUGCACUAGUUGGGAAGUUUUUGUUUUUUUUCCAUCAUUAUUUUUCAGGUGUAGCAAUCAGUACCUCAUGCAUUAAUUUCCCAAAAAAAGGUUACUCUUGGAUAUGUGUUGAACGUGGUUUAAAGGAAUGUUUUCCCAAAUGAAAUUAAGAGGGAUUUCGUCACAUUAAUUACUUAUUUAUCAAUAGGUUACAGUUAUGGCAUCUGUACCUCAGUGGAUAUUAAAUCAUUAUUGAUUACCAUGUAAUGAUUCCUUCCAUUUUAAUGGCUUUAAUCUGUGUGAGAGCAAAUCUUAAUUUAUUAAUGACUUGAUUAAAACAUGACCUUGUAGUGAAAACUGUAUAGGAAGAUGCUAUGUUAUUUUCUGAUUCUUUAUCAGAAAAACUUACACCAAUGCCACAUAUUUACCUGUGCAGCUUUUUGAUUAAGUCAACUAGCGAACACUGACACUAACGGCUCUUUGUUAUCAAAAUCUGCUGUUGAAUGCCUUUUUGUUCCUAGAAAGGUGUUUUAUAUUUUUCUGUGUAAGAAUAGUACUUUUCAUUGACA